GCGCCUCCAUCGUUUUGCAACCACACUUCGAGCAUUCAGAAUGCCCACCACGUUCGAGGGGAUCGAUGCCGCAAAAAUGCACGAAGCAAUCAAGCUACUCACGAACAACCUUGUAAAUAUUACCGACACGACUGGCGAGUUCCUCCUUACUCUUCCCGAUGGCCGAGUGAUCGAUACAAAAGGGUGGAACGAUUGGGAAUGGACACACGGGGUUGGCCUUUAUGGGCUCUACAAAUACUACUCCCUAACAGGAGAUGCCCCCACGCUCAAAAUCGUUGAGGAUUGGUUUCGUGAUCGAUUUGCGGCAGGUGGUACGACGAAGAAUAUCAACACGAUGGCAGCGUUCCUGACACUUGCAUAUGUCUACGAGGAGACGGGGAACCAGGCAUACCUGCCGUGGUUGGACUCCUGGGCUGAGUGGGCGAUGUAUGAUCUGGAGAGGACGGAUUACGGUGGCAUGCAGCAUGUUACGUAUCUGACACCGAAUACGCAGCAGCUAUGGGACGACACGCUGAUGAUGACUGUGCUGCCUCUGGCGAAGAUUGGAAAGAUUCUCGGGAGGCCGCAUUAUGUCGAGGAAGCCAAGAGACAAUUUCUGCUGCAUAUCAAAUAUCUGUUUGAUCCUCAGACUGGUUUGUUCUUCCAUGGCUGGACGUUCGAGAAUGGCGGGCAUAACUUUGCGCGGGCGAGAUGGGCGAGGGGAAAUUCGUGGCUUACGAUCGUGAUCCCCGAGUUUAUCGAGCUGCUAGACUUGCAUGACCGGGACCCAAUACGAAUACACUUGAUUGAUACUUUGGAGGCGCAAUGUCGGGCAUUGAAGAAGUACCAGGACCAGUCAGGGCUGUGGAGAACUCUGUUAGAUCACAGCGAUGAAGGUUCGUAUGUCGAGGCAUCGGCGACCGCUGGUUUUGCAUUUGGUGUGUUGAUGGCGUUGAGGAAGAGGUAUAUUGGGAAGGAAUAUGAGGAGAUGGCAAUCAAGGCAGUGAAAGCGGUGAUAGCUCAGAUAGAUGAGAAGGGCGAGCUUCAGAACACAAGUUUUGGUACAGGUAUGGGUGAUUCUUUGCAAUUCUACAAGGAUAUUCCCAGGACGAGCAUGCCUUACGGUCAAGCAAUGGCCAUAAUGGCGCUCGGAGAAUUGUUGCGGAAGUUCAUAUGA